AUGUCUGCAGUCAACAACAUUGAAGAUAGUGAGAUUGACAUUGUGAUUGGAGCACUGCACUCCGACCUCAGGCCAUUUAUGAGUGCAUGGAAGUCGAUAUUUUCUCGUUAUCACUUGAUUAUUGUCAAAGACCCUGAUCUCAAGGAUGAUUUACAAAUACCAGAAGGGCUUCCGUUCAAGGUUGACAUCUACACAAAGUCUCACAUAGACAAAGUAGUGGGCAGUUCCACCUCCAUUGUUUUCUCGGGUUAUUCAUGCAAGUAUUUCGGCUUCCUUGUCUCUCGUAAGAAAUACGUUGUCUCGAUUGAUGAUGACUGCACGCCGGCCAAAGACUCCGACGGUUUUCUCGUAGAUCCAGUGGCUCAGCAUGUGAGAAACCUUGCAACUCCAGCAACACCUUUCUUCUUCAAUACCCUUUAUGACCCAUAUCGUAAUGGGGCAGAUUUCGUUCGUGGGUAUCCAUUCAGCUUAAGAAGUGGGGUAACAUGUGCUUUGUCAUGUGGGCUCUGGCUUAACUUGGCAGACUUGGAUGCACCAACACAAGCCCUGAAGACGGAAAAGAGGAACUCCCGUUAUGUUGAUGCAGUGAUGACCGUUCCAGCCAGAGCAAUGAUGCCAAUCAGUGGGAUCAACAUUGCUUUUGACCGUGAGGCUGUAGGGCCUGCUCUAUGCCCAGCACUGAGGUUGGCUGGGGAAGGGAAGCUGAGAUGGGAAACAAUGGAGGACAUAUGGAGUGGAAUGUGUGUGAAGGUGGCGUGCGACCACCUUGGUCUUGGAGUGAAGAGUGGGCUUCCUUAUGUGUGGAGGAAUGAUAGAGGUAGUGCCAUCGAGAGCCUGAAGAAGGAGUGGGAAGGUGUGAAGCUAAUGGAGGAAGUUGUUCCUUUCUUCCAAUCAAUGGUGUUGUCAAGAACUGCAACCAAGGUCGAGGAUUGUGUGGCUGAGAUGGCAAAAAGGGUGAAAGAACAAUUGGGAGGUUCUGAUCCAGGGUUUGGUCGUGCAGCCGAAGCUAUGAUGGAUUGGGUUGAGCUGUGGAAGAAGUUUGGUUCUGGUCCUUCCCCAGUGUAA